AUGGUAAUUGAUCUAAUUAUCAUUGCUUCACAGGUGCGGGAUGAGUUCUCUGAUUUCAGGGAAUCCACUAUUGCUGCAUUUCUUACGCAGUCUGUCAAACUGGAUGAGAAUUCAACCAUUAAAUUUGAGAUCUGGGACACGGCUGGCCAAGAGCGAUACAAGUCUUUGGCUCCCAUCUACUUCAGAAAUUCGAACGCCGCUGUGAUUGUCUACGAUAUUACACAAACUUCCUUCGAGAAAGCGAAGCAAUGGGUCAAAGAAUUGAAGCGCAGCGCAGACCCAUCCAUCGUGAUCAUGCUGGUUGGAAACAAGAUUGAUAUGGCAUCUCAGCGAAAGACUCCCCGUGAGCUCGGACAACAGUUUGCGGACGAGGAAGGAUUGCUGUUCACGGAGGCCAGCGCAAAAACUGGAGAAGAAGUAGAAGAGUUGUUCCAUGCAAUUGCCAAGAAGCUUCCUCUCGCACCUCCACAACAGAGAAGUCAGAGUUCGAGCAAGGGUGUCAACGUGUCCGGACAAGAAGCUACGCCCCAGGCUUGCACUUGUUAG